UUGCGCGUUCGAUGUGUGCUGUGCUCAGUGUGUUUACGGUUUAUUCUGAUCGAGCUUUUCGGUGACUUGAAGCGACAAAUGCACCCCAGCGUAAUGGAUUGCAAAAUAUGUAUAGUGCUCAUUUUGCUAACCUUAAUAAUGCUUUUGCUGUUAUGCAAUAUCUUUUUGUGGUUCCAUUAUUUUUUGUCUGCUUUGAACAAAUCCGGACUUUUCAUCUUCGAGAAUGACAUAAAUAACGACGAACAUUAGGACAGAUUUUCAAGUAGUUUGAGAUGAUACGACGAAGUCCAACUCGGAUAGAAAUGCGUUUGGAUGAUCUGCAGGUGUAUGAGGAAAUAAGAAAAGCACACGAGUCUAAGAAGGAUCCCGAAAGAAAAGCGGCAUCGUCCAUAAACCCACCCACGUGGGGAGGCAAGAUUCCUCAGAGCGAGAUCCAGGAGCGUAUUGGUUAUGUACCGCAACAUCCAUCCGCGCACAAUCGAGCCACAACAUAGCAGUCGAUUCAAGAAUCACAGCACGAAUAAACAAUAGUCAAAUUAUGCAUUCCAACAUAAUUUUGAUUUUAAACAGUUGGAUACAUUUAUACAUAGAUACAAUUUAUA